CACACCGUUGUCUUCUCAAGCACCAGUCUGCUUACACUAGCCGCGAGCGUUUUUCUCAAAAACCAUUUUCUCAUCGAAACCUUGGAUGCUGUGGAAGAUGGCUUCGACGACUACGAUAUACAAGUUGCCAAAGCCAUGUCCGUGUCUGAAGCCCAUGCUACUUCGCCGGACAAGUCAUCCAUGAGCACCUCAAGAAAACACCCCUGCCUUGAUCCUCUUUCCGAAACUCUGUCCAACGAUCUGAAAAAAGAGGAAGAGCCAAUAGCCUCGGAGACCUUGGAGAUGAUUGAGAAGUUGCAGAAGAAGGUCAAGCUAAUCCAGAGCCAGAUCAGAGAAUUACGAAAGGUUCCAAGCAAGGAAGCGAUUCGCUCGUUGAUGAAGAAAAUAGAUUCCCGUUAUCAGGAUGUCGGGAACACUAGUAAUUCUAUCGAGGCCGAGGAUAUCAAGGCCAAGAGGCGGCACUACCUUCAAGAGCGACGGUCCGACAAGUAUAAGGACACCGUGUUUGUGUAUUUGGACGAAUCCUGCUGUAACCAGAACCAUGUCAACAACAAGGUUGCUUUUUCUCAGAUAGAAGAACUCAUGUUCUGUUUUCAUUUUGUCCUCGGCAGUCCUAGUUCAAGGGCAAGCGGUACUGGAUUGGGAGCCACGGGUUUGAACGAUGCCACGGGCUCUCUCAAAGCGAAAUGGGAAUUAUGA